AGAAGCGCUCCGUCUCCGCCUGGACACCGCGAGGGAAGAGAGACCCAACAACAUGCCGAGUCGGCUUACAAGAGCCUAGCUGCACCAGUUCAUCAGCCGUCAGUAGUUUUAUAAAGUUGUCUAUGGCCACGGAAACAGGCAAAGAAAGUGAGUUCACCCUUGAAGCUCCAUGGAUAUCAGUGAGCCCUGCUGGUCUGUGGGAGGUGCAAAGGAGAUGGACAGAAGAGAGAAAAAAGGGAGACGACACUCCUCUAUUGGGCUCGGUAUGCAAAAUCAGAGUGAGCCUCAAGAAUCACACAGAGCAGAACACCCAAACCCAGAACCCAAACGAGCCUGAGCCAGCAGUUGGUGAUGAUUCUGACAUACCGGUCACUCAGCAUCCCCGCUCUCAAGAUUCAGUGCUGCAGGUUCCUCUGGACAGAUGGGUCCUGUUGCGCAUGGGAGAAGGGCAGUGUGACAUUGUGGAGAGCUGCCUGGAGGGAAUGAGGGCUGGAGAGAGCUGUGAGUUCACCGUAAGAGCCUAUCGAGGUGAUUCCAAACUAGUGUCCAGUGAUGGCACCCAGUCAGAGAAAACAGAAGAAGAGGGUCAGUGUUUCUCUCUGCACCUCCACUCCUUCACCCCUGGACAGGAGUCCUGGCAGAUGACCCCUGCAGAGAAAUGGGCCUGGGUGCAGUCUCAUAAGCAGAGGGGCAGUCAACGGUUUGGGAAGGGGGACAUCUGGGGGGCAGCACAGUCCUACUGUUGUGCUGUGAAACUUAUCAUCUCUCUAAAAGGACAUACCAGAGGAAAAGAAGAGGACCAGAAAGAAGUAGACAAAGGUGAGGACCCCGAUAAAGAAACUGAUUUGACAACACAAGAUGAUAAAGGAAAAGAAGAUGGAGAGAAAGAAGUGAAAGCCACCCAAAGCUGUCUCAUCCCAACUGAGGAGGAAUAUAGAACUAUGAAAACUGAACUCCACUCCAAUCUCUCCCUGUGCCAGCUCAAGCUAGGCCAGCCAGCAAAGGCCAGAGCCAGCAGCACCAAAGCCACUGCGCUGGACCCAACGAGCGUUAAGGCCUGGUACCGCCUUGGCCAAGCCUGCAUGCAGCUGGGAGACUUUGGGGAAGCCCGUCAAGCCUUCAGCAAGGUUUUGCAGCUGCAGCCGGAUUCUGCCUCAGCCCGUACUGCGUUGAAACAAGUGAACGCGAAAGCUAAAGAACUCGACAGUAAGCUUGGUCAAAGGCUAAGCAAAAUGUUCAGCUAAGAAUAGUAUGCACUUAAGGGACUUAAUGAAUAUGAAUAUAUGUGCCUAAUGGACAUAAAUCAAAAUCUCAUACUUUACAACAUACAUACAUAAAUAUGGUAGUACACUGUACAUGAGGAAAAGUAAUGAAAACUAAUGCAUUACAGCAUCCCAAGGAAUUCUGUAUUUGGAACACCUUUUCUUCCAGGAGUUUAGAGUUUUAAUGGGAAAUGUACGAUAAAUGUUCUCUACAUAGCGGAUGUACGCUGCUAAAAUAAAGUUCUGCAGGAAUGUUGGUGGA